AUGUUGCUACCAAAGGGUGGAGUCAACUGGAAAUCCGCCAGGUCGCGUCUCCCGCCAUGGCGCGCAGUCUUGGUCCUCCUUACAAGGACUCGCUUCCUCGUCUCGUUGGCUGUCACCGGUCUCAUCAUCCUGUUGUGGCGCGGUGUCAGCAAAUCUGCAUCUGAGAUGCAAAAUUUCUACUGCUAUGGCUCCUCGAAAUCCCCUAUGGAGAUGUCCCUCAACGAGAUGGUUGAGUGGAACGCCCAUUCCCAAACCCCUGUCCUCUUCAACCACCACGAAGUCUACGAAGUCAACAGUUCCUCCAUCAGCGAGGUCGACCUGAACCCCAUCAAAUCCUCCAUCAAGGCCGUCAACAACCGUGAACGUGUUCUCAUCCUGACCCCUCUCCGCGACGCCGCCCCCUACCUCACCAAGUACUUCGAACUCCUCUACCAGCUGACCUACCCCCACGAGCUGAUCGAUCUGGCCUUCCUCGUCGGUGACUGCAAAGAUGAUACCCUGGCUGUCCUCGCUUCGGAACUGGAUCGCAUUCAGCACCACACCGAUGAGAAGAUUCCUUUCCGCAGUGCGACCGUUGUCAAGAAGGACUUCGGUGCCGAUGUGGAGAUGAGUGUCGAGGAGCGACACUCGUUUGCAGCCCAGGGCCCUCGCCGCAAGGCUAUCGGCCGUGCUCGCAACUAUCUCCUCUACUCGGCCCUGAAGGCCGAUCACUCUUGGGUCUACUGGCGUGAUGUUGAUAUCACGGACUGCCCUGAGCGGAUCCUUGAAGACUUCAUGGCUCACGACAAGGAUAUUCUUGUGCCGAAUAUCUGGUUCCACCGCUACCGUGAUGGCCGUGACGUCGAGGGUCGCUUUGACUACAACUCCUGGAUCGACUCCGAGAAGGCCCAACGCCUCCGUACAACUCUCGACCCCAACGUCGUCCUCGCCGAAGGUUACAAGGAGUACGAUACCGGCCGCACAUACCUGGUCAGCAUGGGUGACUGGCGCAAGAACAAGGACGAGGAGGUCGAACUUGACGGCAUUGGUGGCGUCAACAUCCUCGUCAAGGCCGACGUUCACCGAUCUGGCAUCAACUUCCCCUCGUACGCCUUCGAGAACCAGGCCGAGACAGAGGGAUUCGCCAAGAUGGCUAAGCGUGCCGGCUACCAAGUGAUCGGACUGCCCAACUACGUUGUGUGGCACAUCGACACGGAUGAGAAGCCGGGCAACCUGGGCAAUCGCAAGGCGUACUAA